CGUCACGUGACCCUCGUGGGUCUCGACUCCGCGGCUCUUCGACUCCGCCCCGCGGCUUCGUCACGUAACGACUCGGGUUAUGAAAGCGGCGCGGUGGGUGUCAUGAGCGGAGUCCUCCGGCUGCGGGGAUUUGAACCGAUCCACUGUCAACAAUGCUUCGUGUCACCACCGCCUCCCUGUGCACCUACUGUCAGAGGAUUAGGCUGCUCCUCCCUCCCUCCGCCUCUGCCUCCACAGUGAAUUCCUACAAUAAAAGACUGGAAAACCAGCACACAGUGGACUCCCUCUAUGAGCUGUCGGUGGACAUCCGGAAGAUACGCAAGUUCAAGGGCUGGGUCCUGUCUGAGAGCUCUGCGUAUGUGUCCGAAACUGCUGAUCUGUUGAGGGACAUGGGUGCAGACGCAACAGUAAUCACCCGGAUCCUGGAGACUCACCCCGAGGCUGUCCUGUGUCGGCCGGAGGAUGUGGCCUCCCAGAGGGACCUUUGGGUGUCCGUCUGCCCCAACAGGCGUGAGUUGAUGAGCAUCAUUGAGAAGUUCCCAGCCUCCUUCUUUACGUUAACUCACCAUAGCAACCAGCGGGCCAACAUCCUUUACCUCCAGAGCCUUCGCCUCAGCAAGCGGAUCAUCGGCAAACUGAUGGCCAGCGCCCCGCAGAGCUUCAGUCGACCCGUGGAGCGCAACCAGGAGGUCAUCCACACACUGAGGGAGACCUACCUGGAUCUAGGCGGCGAUGAGAACAACCUGCGUAUUUGGCUGCAGAAGCUCCUCAGCCAGAACCCGUACAUCCUGCUGCGGCCCGCUGAGGCCUGGAGGGACAGUCUGGGCUUCCUCAGGGAGCAGGGCUUCUCCACAGAGGCGCUCCUCAGCCUGGUCUCCAGCCUCAGAGCCUCCAUCGCAGAGCUGCAGCCCGAAGGCAUGCGACAGGCGCUGGCCUACAUCGAGGGGGCUCUCGCCUGCUCCAAGGAAGAGCUCAGGCAAACGGUGAUCCGCUGCCCGGCCAUUUUGUACUACUCCUUGCCCACCCUGGCGGGGCGGUUCCAGGGGUUGAUGGAUGUCGGAGUGAGCAUUGAGCAGGUGAAGGAAUCUCCCAAUGUCCUGGAGCUCACCACACAAAUUGUGCUUUACCGCGUCCAGAAGCUGGCCUCGUACGGGUACGACGUACGCUCUGGCAGCUUGGACGUCAUUGUGGGAACCAAGAAGGACUUCGAGAUGAGUUACGGCAAGCUGCACCUCAGGCAGCAAAGGCCGCUCUUCAACCCUGUAGCUCCCCUCAGAUCCGCUGAGGAGUGAACUUCAGAAUGUGUUGAUAUUCUACACUAUGCUGAUAGAUGGUGGGUGUGCGGGAGGCAGUUUGAAAUACUACUUGUGGCAUUGAGGACCACUCUAUAAAAUGCAUGCUUUGGCCUUUGGCCUUCAUUGUGAUGCUUUAAUUUGAUGCUAAGGGCUCUUCUGAAAAUAUGACACUUUUGACUGUUUUGAAAAUCUUUUGUCAGUUUUAGGAAAUAACCAAGUACUUUAUAUAUGACAAAUGUCAAGGAAUAUACUGCCUAAUAGUGAAAUACUAAUGUAUGGAAAUGAGUGCCAGUCAUUGCCGUUCUAGCUUGUAAAUUAAGAUUUACUACUCAGACGAAUGGAUUGAUCGUGGUAACUGAACACAACAGAUGAGCAAUAAACAUCGACGUCUCUUA